AGGUGCCUGGAGACUGUAUUGGUGGGUGGCCCCAGGAGUCCUCCAGGCAGGCAGGGACGGACACUGUGAGAGAGACGCUGCCUCCACCCCUAGCACUGCCACCACCAUGGCCAGGGAGCAGCCCAACAUGGGGGACCUCCUCCCGCUCCUGGAGACCUCAGACCUCCACCAGCUAGAAGAGAUCAGAGUCCUCAUCAACGAGCAGCUCAGCACUGAGCGUGGGUCCAUGCUGCUGAACGGGCUGGUGGAUUACUUUUUGGAAACAAACUCUGGCCAGGCUGUGCAUAUUCUCUCCUCAGUCAGAGAGCCACACGAUAAGCACCUUUUGGACAAGAUGAACGAGUGCAUGACCAAACAGGCCUGCCGGCUGCCCACCCUCACCCUGCUCGGCCAUGUAGUGCGCAAGCAACCGUCCUGGAUCCACAAGAUCGCCCGAUACCCUCUGCUGGUCUCACUGCUCAAAUGUCUAAAGACGGAUACGGACGUAGUGGUGCUGAUAACCGGAGUGCUGGUGCUGAUCACUUUGCUGCCCAUGAUCCCUCAAGCUGGGAAACAACACCUGUGGGAGUAUUUCGACAUCUUCGGCCGCCUGGCAUCUUGGAACCUGAAGAAUCCCGGGCAUGUUUCAGAGGUUUACCUAAUCCACCUGCACGCCAGCGUCUAUUCACUCUUCCACCGUCUUUAUGGCAUGUACCCGUGCAACUUCGUGUCCUACCUGCGCUCCCAUUACAGCAUGAAGGAGAACAUGGAAACGUUUGACGAAGUAGUAAAGCCGAUGCUCGAACAUGUUCGUAUUCACCCGGAACUGGUGACAGGAACCAAGGACCACGAGCUUGACCCCACCAGGUGGAAAAAGUAUGAAAUCCAUGAUAUCGUCAUCGAAUGUGCCAAAGUGUCUCUAGACCCCAAAGAGGCAUCCUUUGAGGAGGGCUAUGCUACCAUGCCUGAGAACUUUUACCCCCAAAUCCACCUGCGACCACAAGACUGCACUUCCAGCCCCUACACAGACCUACACAGCAGCUACGGAAGCUCUUCUUCGACCCCGUUCUCGACACCACGGCAGCCGCCACCCCCGCCCCUGUCCUUGCCCCCCUUCUCAGGGACCCAGUCCUCCUACCGCAGCCCACAGACCUCCAGACGGCAGAACUCCACCUGUGAACUCAACUCUUCCUGCGGGGGGAAGGACCCGCUGUGGAGCCCCUCCUCGUUGUGUGGCAUGGCUACGCCCCCUUCCUCCAGGGGCAUGUCGCCUAACUUGGAGCUCUCCCACAGUGCCUCACACCUUCCCAGCCGCUUCCACUGCACAUCAGGGGGGAAAGGAACGCCUGCCUCCAGCACUCCUGCCACCUCUUCCCCGCCUCCGACCCUAUCAGAUGACUUCCCCAUAAUCUCCUUGCCAUCUAACACAGUCCAGUCUAGUCCACCAAGAAAGGAUCGUCGACAAGGAGAAAGCAUUAAGCCGGCACUGGUGAGACAAGAACCAGUCAAAGACACAGAGAAGAGCGCAGAAGGGGUCACAAACAGAGGAGCUGCUGAGAACAUCUCUAUGACUUUGACGGAGCUGUCUGUCUUCAUGAAGAAACAGGAGCUGGAGCUCCAGCUGAGAACAGGGAAAGAGAGGGAAGAGGCUGCCAUCACCGAGGAGCUGCUGAAGAUCACUGAGGACAAGCAGGAGCUGUCAGGCCUGAGGGGCUUCGACUCCCCUUUCUAUCACACCACUGAGACGCUGACUGGCUGUCAGGCACAAGACAAUACCCCCUCCAACACAGAGUCUAGAGGCCCCGUUCGGGACUCUCACCAUGUUGUAUCAAUGCCAGACAAAGGGGAAAACACUGCAAGUACCGGUGGUGUUGGGAGUGAAAGAGGAGGAGGAGGAGACGUCAGGAGUUCAGCCCUCGGCCUCGAGCAGUCCUGGUCCUUCCAGUCAGGUUUCACCCCCAUCGAUCACCACCUGCACCGGAGCCCCUCCGCCCCGGACGACGAGGUUGGCAAGUUUGGGAUGUUCUCCCCGAGUCCGUGCAGCAAGACCCCGGCCACGGUGCCCUACGAGUCGUUUUUUGACCUGGCUCUACCCAGGGCAGCCUCGCUCUUCGUGGGCCAGAAGACGUCGCAGGCGGUGCACAAGGUGGCGAUGGAGAGGCUGUCGCAGUGGGAGGAGGGGUUGGAGGACGGGGAGGAGGAAGGGGUAGUGUCUGCUUCACCACUGGAGGUGCUGGAUCGCCUUGUUCAGCAGGGGAGCGACGCCCAUGAUAAAGUGCUCAAGAGAUUACCUUUGCCAAGUAAGUCAGCUGACUGGACGCACUUUGGAGGCUCCGCUCCGCUAGACGAGUUGCACACACUGCGCAGCCAGCUGCUCCUGCUGCACAACCAGCUGCUGUACGAGCGCUACAAGAGGGAGCAGCACGCCGUCCGCAACCGACGCCUCCUCCGACGCAUCAUCAACGCCACUGCACUGGAGGAGCAGAACAACGCUAUGAAGGAUCAGCUGAACCUGCAGAGCGUGGACAUCGUGUCUCUGAGGGAGAGUCUGCAGGUGGAGCAGCAGCGGUACAGGCAGCUGUGGGACGACCGGGAGACGGUGGUGACCAGACUGCACAGUCAGAUCAGACAGCUGCAGCAGGGACGAGACGACUACUACACCAAGAACCAGGAGCUCCAGAGUAAGCUGCAGGAGUGUCAGAAAAGGAUGGAUGAACUGGAGGCGGAGCUUCAGAGGGCCAACAAUAAAAUCUGCCGCACUGGUCAUCUCCUCAACCAGAUGACUAUCAAGCUGAGCAACAGUGAGAGCACCCAGCAGCAGAUGAGCUUCCUGAACAAGCAGCUGCUGCUCCUUGGGGAGGCACAUAAGCUGUCCAUGCAGGAGUUACACCACGCAGGCGCCGAUAAUACAAAGGAGGCCCAGAUGCUGCAGGUGUCUUACGGGAAAGAGGUAGAGACGCUGAGGCAGAGCCUGCUGGUUCAGGGUCAGAAACUGGAGGCAGCGCAGCAGAGAGUCUCCGAGCUCGAGACGCACCUCUCCAAGAAGGAACACCUCAUCGCAGAGCAGAAAAAGUUCCUCGAGGAUGUAAAAUGUCAAGCAAAGGCGGAGCUGCACGCCUCAGACAGCAGGUAUAGGGCUCAGAGGAGAAUCACUCAGCUGCUGCAGACAGAACUCCUGCAACUGUACAGCAGAGUGGAGAUGGAGACUCCUGCCAGUACCGCCGCCAGUUCACCACAAGGGGGCAGAACUGACCCACACACUCAUGCCAACUCCAGUGUCAUGGUGCCAGAUGGACCAAGUAAAAGUCACACCGACGAGGAGGCGCACAGUAGACCACCGCACGACUGCCCUCAUGGCAACGGCAGCACUUUAUCGCCAGGGCAACCAAAGGCGAGCAACUCUUCCAAGACAACAGCCAAGUCCUUCAACGGCAGCCAGGACCUGGCCCCACCCCUGCUGGUGGAGCCCUCCCUGUCCUGUCCCCACACCAACCCACUCGCACCCCUGCCUCCCACCGACGCGCCACUCACCGUGGGCUCCUACCCCAGCGCUAAGAGCUUCCUGGGCAUGAGGGCGCGUGAGCUGUUCCGCAACAAGAGUGAGAGCCAAUGUGACGAGGAGCAACCUCCGCCGCGCCUGGCCGGCCUUGCCCACGGCCUGAAGACUGAGCUGUGCGUGGAGCCGCCCUCCCCAGGUUAUAUUGUCCCCGUUGGCCCUGCGCCUUUCCCCGUUCCGACUCCGCCCCUAGCCCCUGCCCGCGCUACUCCUGUCACUGUGCCCAUUAAGGAGCCCCCCUCUGAGCCCAAGCAGCGGGCCUCCAGCCAGGAAAGCCCCCGCAGGAAGGUAGGGGCAGGGCCUGGUGGAGGGCGGGGUCAGGCGGGGUCGGGGCGUCCCCGGCAGCAGCAGCUAAAGAUCAUGGACUACAAUGAAACACAUCACGAGCACAGUUAAGAGACACAGAACUGAGCCGGGGCGGAGGAGGAGAGACUGAAGUUUAAUGACAGAGAAGAGCUACCAAUCAGCGAAAGAGUACCAUGUCAGCAAAUCUUUGGAAUUCAGUGUUAUAUGUACCAUUCCUCUGAGUGGACAACAGGAUUUCCCCCAGUGUUUUUCUGCUUUUCUUUUUCAUACUGAUUCAUUCCCAUGAAGAAUAUUGACACGGUUUUAAGGAUAAAAAGUCGAUGUGUUGUUACCAGUGGAGAUGUCAGACCUAUGAAUUUGGUUAGGAGACAAUGAUUGUCAAAGAUGUGCCGACAGGAUGUGAGACUGACAUUUAAAGGGGUAGUUCACCCAAACUACAAAAAUGUACAUUUUCCCACUUGGCUAGUUUAGCUUUAAUUUGUCCAAAUUUUUCUGUCAACACAAUGGAAGUGAUUGCAAAUACGUUUGAGGUGCUCACAGCAUUUUCAUAUUAGUUUAAAAAAAAAAACAAUUCUGCAGCAAAUUGCCUUCUGACACAGUCCCACAGUUACUUGGAUAAACCGCAGGCAUUUCUGAUAAGUUUUCAUCGAAACUACAUUCUACUGAAGAAAUUGUCCCUUUGAAAAGAGUAACGGGGACAAGUUACUGUUGUAAAUGUAAUUUUUAAAUGCUGUGAGCGCCCCAUAUAAAGUUCAUUUCACCUCCAUUGUGUUGCCUAUGGAGGCAGGAAUCUCAAAACAUGAACAAAUAAAACCUAAACCAUCUGCUCUAGUCGAUACCACUGGAGCUAAGUGAGAAAAUGUUUUUUUUGUGUGUAAUUUAGAUGUAUUGAGAGUAUGUACACUACCGGUUCUUAUCAAAACGGAUAUUGAAAAAAACACCAGAAAAGCUACAUUUAUCAUGAUUAUCUGUUAGGUAUGCUUUGGCAUUGACUGUGGACUGAAAUAUGUUUUUGAUAUUUGUGUACAUGUUGAGCGAGUGUUAUAUCAAAGCGGUUGAGGUGAUCAGAUGUGAUAGAGAUGUUUGGUUUGUUCUGGGGAAACCUUGAAGGGCGACCUUGUCAUUGCUGGACUGAACUGGAAACAUUUCCAUACUCCACUGAGUUUUUGUCCAAAAUAGGUCUGAAGGAGAAAGUGUUUUGUUUGCAAUGUGUGAGUGUGUAAGUGAUGCAAUGAGGAAAGUGUAUGAAAUUUAGAAACUGAUGAAAUGUUAUGCAUUUUUAUGAAUUCCACAUUCUGUCAUACCUUUUUAUUUGUUUAUUUAUUCAGCCAUGAAGGGUCCUCACAAGAAUAUAUUCUAAAUUUGAAUCAGACCUGGCAAGUGACACAAGCCCAAGCUAUAAAAAUCUGUCCUAUUCCAAGACGACCACCUGAUAAUUUUGAAGUGUCAUGCAAAACAUUUGUGUUCUGGAUUCAAACAUCUCUAAACAGAAGUGUUGUUUCUCAUGUUGCAUGUACAUUCAGCUGGUACAGCGUGGGAAACAAAACCAAAAACAUGGUGUCCAAUCAGGUUCCCUUGAGCAGGUCUAAUAAACACAAAGUUACCUUUUUUCUUCGAAGUAUUAGAAGUAAAUUCUGGUUUUGAAAGUCGUAUAAAUCCUGUUGUCCACUGGGAACUCCUGCUGUCACUUCCUUUUGCCUCGCUAUCUAAAGCAUGUUCAACAAUCCACUUUAAAUGCCAACCGUAGUAACUAAAGCAAACCAAGACAGAAGGUACAAUCAGCACAAACUGAAGAAACCAGUACUCUGGCCGAAGCUGGAGAAUCUGGGACAAAAUGGCAAAAAAGGAAGUUCUUAAAGCAGUGGCUUGUGUUUAACUGUGAACAAUAAAGAUCGUCUUCAAUGUUUUGCACUACAA